GUGUAUUAUCAUAAAUCAGAUGUAUUUUAUGAAAGAGUAUGAAACACGAUUUGGAACAACAGCAGAUUGUAUCAAUCUAUCAGAAACAUUAAAAAUUUUCGGAUUCAGAGUCGAGAUACUUCAAAAUCUGAAGAAAAAUGAAAUGUUAGAGAAAAUGAAAAACAUUUCGAAAAACUAUGAUGAAAAGUAUGAUUGUUUAUUUCUUUGUAUUUUGAGUCAUGGAUAUAAAGGAGGCAUAAUUGCAUCAGAUGAAACAGAAGUUUCUCUGGAAACAAUAGAAAGGACUCUUUGUUGUAUGGAACUAAAAGAUGUUAUAAAAAUUGUUAUCAUUCAAGCCUGUCAAGGAAAGACACGUGGAACUAUAAGCAAUUCCUUGACGACAGAUGGUUUAUAUGAUUCUUUUACACCCAUAGAAGAUAUACGCCAAUUUAGAAACUUUUUUAUGUUUAUGUCGACAAUACAAGGUUUUCUAUCAAUACGUCAUAAAGAGGAAGAUGAAGCUUUGAAAGCAUGCGCGUACAUUGAAAAUUAGAUUAAUAACUUAAUGAAGCACUAUUUUGU